AUGAUCGAAGGAACGCAAUAAUUUUAAAUCGUUUUUGGGGCUAUUGUUAUUUUAGAUAUAGUCAACGGUAUAUUAAUCAAAGAAAUACCUAAUAUUGUUUGCAAUUCUUUGAUUUUAUUCUUUUGCAUAAGUAAAUUUGAUCUAUUAUUUAAAAGCGCUUUUCUUUCUCAAGUUUAAGUUCAAAAUAUGUGAAAAGCUUUUCUUAUUUAAUUUGUUCUUUUAUAAUGCACUAUAAAUAUACUAUUAUGGAAUUAAGUCAUUAUGGUUUUUAAUUUAUCUUUUACAAAUAUUCAAAUAAGAAAAACAAAAUAAAAUACUUUAAUACUUUUCAUUUACUUAAUUCUCUAUCAAUAUUAUAUUAUAUUCUAUCUAAUAUGAUGGUAUGUUCAAUUAUGCUUAUUUUUAAUAGCUUAAUUAUUUUAUUGUUAUUUUCCUUUAUCAAAUUUUCUAUUAGAAUGAACUGAAUUCAAAAAUUGACAUUGGAGAAAAUUUAAUUAUUUAAGAAAUUAAGAAAUUAAUUGUUUUUAAAAUAUUUGAUCAAAAUUUUAAUGAUAUUUCGAGAACUCUCCCUAAUUAAAAUAAUACAUACUUCUAAUUGAAUACAAAUCAAUCUGAUAAUCAUUAGAAUUUUCAAAUUAAGGCAUAUUAAGAUAAAGAAAUAGCUCAUACUCCAAUAAAUUAAUGUGGUUGGAAACCAAACUUAGUAUUUAAUGAUUAUUAGACUUUUAUAGAACAUAUAUAAAAUCUAGAUAAUUUAGAUUCUUAAAUGUGUUAUCAUUAUGUUGCUGUUUAAACUGAUUAAAUUAAGAAAAUUAAAACUAAAUAUAAAGUAUUUUACAAAGAAUUAGGAAAAAAAGAUUUAAUAAUUAUUGCAUUAAUUAGAAUUGAUAAUUUUGUUGAGAAAUAAAUGAUUUGGAAGUUCAAUAAAUUUAAGAAAUAUUUUUAUGAUAUAUUUGCUCAUAAAUUAAAAACACCAUUAAAUGCAUCUUUAGGUUUUUUAUCAUCUGCUUAUAAUUAUACAGAGAUGGAUAAUAACAUAAAAUAAAAUUAUAUUAAACCUGCAUAUAUCAAUUCUAAAUUGUAAUAUUUUUAAAUAUCAGACCUUUUGGAAUUUCUCAAUCCAUAAUGUGAUUAAACUAGAGCCUAAUAUUGUAAAAUCAAUAUGAAAUCAUUCUUAUACACACUAAAUGAAUUGAUAGAAUCUUAAUGUUAACAUAAAAAGAUACUUUUCUAAGUAUUUGUAGAGCAUAUACCUUUAAAAAAUAUUGAUAAGUAUAUUUUAGAAAUAUGCAUUUUAUAGAUUUUACAUUUAAUCUGAUUUAUUGAAAUUAGAAAGAAUUCUAUAUAAUUUACUUAAUUUAACAUAUAGAUAUACUCCAUAAAAUGGUUAAAUUAAUUUAAAUUUAUUUAUUGACAAGAAAAAUUCUGAAUUAAUAUUUAUUGUUAAUGGUAAUGAAUAUUUAUUUACAAAUGAAGAAUUAUCAAAUUUAAAUAAAUGGAUUCAAUAAAAAGAAGAAUUUUAAUAUAAAAAAAAAUAAAUAGCAUUAAAAAAGGAAAUAAAAUUAUCUUUAGAAAUUACUAAUCAUUUAAUUAAUAUAUUAAAUGAUUAUGAAUAACAUCUAGAAAUUUCAUCAUCAGUUAAUGGAACAGAAUUCAAAUUCAAAUUAAUUAUCAAAGAAAAUAAAACAACAGAUGGAUCUUAAGAAUAGUUUACAAUUGGUUUUAUGCUUAAAUAAAAAAGCAACAAGAAUGUAAAAAAUAGAACGAAUUAAUCUAUGUUUUUAUAAGGUGAAUCUUAAAUGUUAUAAAACUCUAUAAAAGUGGAAAAUGAACCAAUUGCAAAUACUCCUAUUAAUAAUCGAAUAAAUUAACCAAAAUAAAAUAAGACUCCUAGAACUAUAAAAAGGGUUCAAUCCUCUUUUACUAAUAAAGGAUUAAUAGAUUAUGAUAAAUAAAUAUUGAUAGUUGAUGAUGAACCAUUUAAUCAUGAUAUAUUAAUUUUAAUGAUGAAGAAUAUGGGAUACAAUUAAUUCUUAAAAGCUUAUAAUGGAUAAUAGGCAAUUGAGAUAACUAAGGAAAAAGAAGAUGAAAUUAGUAUAAUUAUAAUGGAUUUAGAUAUGCCUAUCAUGGGAGGAAUAGAAGUAUAUAUACAUAUUUGAUAAUAUAAAAGGCUACAAAAGUUUUAGUAGAAUUGAUGAUGGAUUAAAAACUAGUUUACAUUCCAAUAAUUGGUUGUACUGCUCAUGAUGAUAAAGAAACUAUGGAUAAAUGUAUAUAGGCAGGAAUGUUAUGUGUAGUUGUGAAACCAGUAUUUGGAAAAACUCUAAGAGAAGCAUUCUAAUAAAUAACUAAUUCUGAUGAUGUUAGAAAACGAUCAAUGCUCUGUCUUACUUCUUAAUUACAAAUUUGA